UCAGCGGGCGGGAGGCGGCCGGGCCGGGAUGGGACGAUGCUCCGCGUCUUCAUCCUCCACGCGGAAAACGUCCGCACCCCCGACGCGGACAUCAGCGAUGCCUACUGCUCCGCCGGCUUCGGAGGUGUGAAGAAGAAGACUAAAGUCAUCAAGAACAAUAUCAACCCUGUCUGGAAUGAGGGCUUCGAGUGGGACCUGAAGGGAACUCCCCUGGACCCGGGCGCCGAGCUCACCGUCGUUGUGAAAGAUCAUGAGACCGUGGGGAGAAACCGGUUUUUGGGAGAAGCCCGAGUGCCCCUGCGAGAUGUCCUCUCCUCCCCCAGCCUGGCAGCCUCCUACAACCUCCCCUUGCUGGACACCAAGAAGCAGAGCACAGGGGCUUUCCUUGUCCUCCAAGUGUCCUACAUCCCUCCACCAGGAGCUGUCCCCCUCUUCCCUCCCCCAGCCCCCCCGGAGCCAGCACCAGCUGCUUCUGAGCCCGACACAGUCACUGGUAACCAGGAACCCUCACGUGUAGCACCAGGGGGGACGUGUCCCCUGAAGCACCACGUUCUUCCCAGCCAGACCCCUCACCCCGUGGUCCCACCUUGCCCUCGUCUUCCACCUCCUUUCUCGCCCUUUGCAGAGACUGCUGGAGAGGAGGAGAUGGAAGAGCAGGUGCCAACGGGGGAUGAGAGAGAGCCCUCCUCCUCCUCAGGGCCACCAGGCUCCGAGCCCCCCUCGCUGCCCCACAAGCCCCCCCUGCACCACGUCCAGGGGCUGAAGCGGAGGAGAAGCUCACCCAAAAAACCUCUGUCCAACAAGCCUCAGGACUUCCAGAUCAGGGUGAGGGUCAUCGAGGCCCGGCAGCUCCCUGGGGUCAACAUCAGGCCCGUGGUGAAGGUGACAGCUGCUGGGCAGACCAAGAGGACCAGGAUACGCAAAGGCAACAGCCCCUUCUUCGAUGAGACCUUCUUCUUCAAUGUCUUCGAGUCGCCAGCCGAGCUGUUCGACGUGCCCAUCUUCAUCAAGGUGGUGGAUUCUCGGUCCUUCCGGACGGACUCGCUGCUCGGGGAGUUUCGGAUGGAUGUUGAGACCAUUUACUCAGAGCCAAAACACGCUCUCCUCAGGAAGUGGCUGUUGCUCUCUGACCCAGAGGACUUCUCAGCAGGGGCCAAGGGCUACCUGAAAGUCAGUCUCUUUGUGCUGGGGCCUGGAGAUGAAGCUCCUCUGGAGAAGAAGGAGGUCUCUGAAGACAAGGAGGACAUUGAGGGCAACCUCCUGCGCCCCACGGGGGUCACCCUGCGAGGGGCUCAUUUCUGCCUGAAAAUCUUCAAAGCUGAAGACUUGCCCCAGAUGGAUGAUGCUGUCAUGGACAAUGUCAGGCAGAUCUUUGGCUUUGAGAGCAACAAGAAGAACCUGGUGGAUCCCUUCGUGGAAGUCAGCUUUGCAGGCAAGACGCUCUACUCCAGGAUCCUGGAGAAGAACGCCAACCCGCAGUGGAACCAGUGCCUGACCCUGCCAGCCAUGUUCCCUUCCAUGUGCGAGAAGAUGAGGAUCCGGGUCACCGACUGGGACCGUAUGACACACAACGACGUGGUCGGCACCGCUUACCUCUGCAUGUCCAAGAUCUCAGCCCCGGGCGGGGAGCUGGAGGAUGAGUUUCCUGCUCUGGCCAAGCCUCUGAAACCCGCAGACCUGGACGACGGGCUCGGGUUCCUGCCAACCUUUGGUCCCUGCUACAUCAACCUCUACGGCAGCCCCCGGGAGUUCACCGGCUUCCCUGACCCCUACGAGACGCUCAACUUAGGAAAGGGCGAGGGAGUGGCGUAUCGUGGCAGGAUGCUGGUGGAGCUGGAGACCAAGCUGGUGGAGCACCUGGAGCAGAAGGUGGAGGACAUUUCUGCGGAUGACAUCCUGAGGGUGGAGAAGUACCUGCGCCGUCGGAAAUACUCCCUCUUUGCUGCCUUCUACUCGGCCACCAUGCUCCAGGACGUGGACGAUGCCCUCCAGUUCGAGGUCAGCAUCGGCAACUACGGCAACAAGUUUGACACCACCUGCCUGCCCUUGGCCUCCACCACCCAGUACAGCCGGGCUGUCUUCGACGGUUGUCAGUAUUACUACCUGCCCUGGGGCAAUGUGAAGCCCGUGGUGGUGCUGUCAUCCUACUGGGAGGACAUCAGCUAUCGGACUGAUGCUCAGAACCUUCUCCACCGCGUGGCAGACCGGCUGGAAGCAAACCUGGAGAAGAUCCACCUUGCUCUCAAGGCCAAGCACUCGCCCAGAGAGCUGGACGCUCUGGGUGCCCAGCUGAUGGAUGAUGUCAUUGCUGACUGCAGCCUCACCCUGCCCGACGUCCUGGGGAAGCCAGCCAGCACCCACCUGGACCAGAACAUGUACCGGUUCCGCAGCACCAACCUGGAGCAGAUAGUGAAGGCAGCCCUGAAGCUCAAGCACGAAGACUCAAGCCUCUCAGCAGCCCUGGAACAGGCAGAGGAUUGGCUGUCCAGGCUGAAGGCCAUGGCAGAGGAGCCCCAGAACAGCCUGCCCGACAUCGUGAUCUGGAUGCUGCAGGGGGACAAGCGCGUGGCGUUCGCCCGCGUGCCGGCCCACGAGGUCCUCUUCUCCAGGAACAUCUCUGACUGCUGUGGCAAGAACUGUGGGAAGCUGCAGACCAUCUUCCUGAAGUACCCCCAGGAGGAGGCGAUGGGCCCGAGGAUCCCAGCCCAGAUCCGGGUCCAGCUCUGGUUCGGGCUGUCAGUGGAUGAGAAGGAGUUCAACCAGUUCGCCGAGGGGAGGCUCUCCGUCUUUGCUGAAACUUAUGAGAACCAAACCAAGCUGGCACUGGUGGGGAACUGGGGCACGACUGGCCUGACCUACCCCAAGUACUCAGAUGUGACGGGCAAGAUCAAGCUGCCCAAGGACAGCUUCCGCCCCUCCGCGGGCUGGACCUGGGCUGGGGACUGGUUUAUCUGCCCAGAGAAAACGUUGCUGCAUGACGUGGAUGCCGGGCACCUGAGCUUUGUGGAGGAGGUGUUUGAGAACCAGGUCCGGCUGCCUGGAGGCCAGUGGAUCCAAAUGACUGAUGCCUACACUGAUGUGAAUGGGGAGAAGGUCCUGCCAAAGGAUGAGAUUGAGUGUCCUCCAGGCUGGAAAUGGGAAGACGUGGAGUGGGAUACAGAUCUCAACAGAGCUGUGGAUGAAAAAGGCUGGGAGUAUGGCAUCACCAUCCCCCCGGACCGCAAGCCCAAGGCCUGGGUGCCCGCUGAGAAGAUGUACCACACCAACCGGCGCCGGCGCUGGGUGCGGCUCCGCCGGAGGGACCUCGCCCAGAUGGAGUCCAUGAGGAAGCACAAGCAGGAGGAGCUGGACGGGGAGGGCUGGGAAUACGCCUCGCUCUUGGGCUGGCGCUUCCACCUGCGGCAGCGCCGCACCGACACCUGCCGCCGCCGCCGCUGGCGACGCCGCAUGGAGCCCCUGGAGCGCGCCGGGGCCGCCGCCGUCUUCGCCUUGGAGGGAGCCCUGGGAGGAGUGACAGAUGACAAGAGUGAUGAUGGCAAAUCCAUCUCCACCCUCAGUUUUGGUGUCAACAGACCCACCAUCUCGUGCAUAUUUGACUGUGGGAACAGGUACCACCUUCGCUGCUACAUGUACCAAGCGCGGGACCUGAUGGCCAUGGACAAGGACAGCUUUUCAGAUCCUUAUGCCAUUGUGUCCUUCCUCCACCAAAGCCAAAAGACAGUGGUGAUCAAGAACACCCUGAACCCCACCUGGGACCAGACACUCAUCUUCUAUGAGAUAGAGAUCUUUGGGGACCCUCAGAAAGUGUCUGACUCCCCUCCCAACAUUGUGGUGGAAAUAUAUGACCAAGACACCUACGGUGCAGAUGAGUUCAUGGGGCGCUGCGUUUGCAAGCCCAGCCUGGCGCCAUCGCCGCGGCUCUCCUGGCACCCGGUCCUCAAGGCCAACAGGAACGUUGGGGAGCUGCUGGCUGCCUUCGAGCUGAUUCAGAGGGAGAAGCCAGCUGUCCACCACAUCCCAGGAUUUGAGAAUGAACUGUCCUCCAGCCUGGAUGAGUCUGCAGACUCUGACCUGCCAUACCCCCCACCCCAGCGGGAACCCAACAUCUACAUGGUCCCCCAAGGGAUCAAGCCGGUCCUGCAGCGCACGGCCAUCGAGAUCCUGGCCUGGGGGCUGAGGAACCUCAAGAGCUACCAGCUGGCCAGUGUCACCUCACCCAGCCUGCUGGUGGAGUGUGGAGGCCAGCUCGUGCAGUCCUGUGUCAUCAAGAACGUCAAGAAGAACCCCAACUUUGACAUCUGUGUGCUCUACAUGGAAGUGCGUUUGCCCAAGGAGAGCCUGUACAGCCCCCCCAUCAUCAUCAAGAUCAUUGACAACAGGCCCUUUGGCAGGAGGCCCGUGGUGGGGCAGUGCACCAUCCGCUCCUUGGAGGACUUCUACUGUGACCCCUACCGAGAGGAGACAGACAGACCUCAGGAGCACUCAGAUGACGUGAGCCUCACGCCCAGGGAUGAUGUCCUGAUUGACAUUGAUGACAAAGAGCCUCUGAUUCCUGUCCAGCUUGCAGAGGGCAUGACCAGCUCAGCACUAAUUAACAUACCAGCUUCCCGGGCCCAACCUCAUGAGGAAGAAUUCAUUGACUGGUGGAGCAAAUUCUAUGCUUCCACAGGAGAGAGGGAAAAAUGUGGCUGCUAUUUAGAGAAGGGCUUUGACACCCUGAAGGUCUACGAGACGGAGCUGGAGAACGUGGAGGACUUUGAGCAUCUCUCUGACUUCUGCCACACCUUCAAGCUCUACCGCGGCCGCGCGCAGGACUCGAGCGAUGACCCGUCGGUCGUGGGGGAGUUCAAGGGUUCCUUCAAGAUUUACCCUCUCCCAGAUGACCCCCGAGUCCCGGUGCCACCUCGGCAGUUCCACCAGCUGCCGGCCAGAGGACCCCAGGAGUGUCUCGUCAGGGUCUACAUCAUCCGGGCCUUCGACCUCCAACCCAAGGACCCCAAUGGCAAGUGCGAUCCCUACGUGAAGAUCUCAGUGGGAAAGAAAUCCAUAAAUGACCAGGAAAAUUACCUCCCCUGCACGCUGGAGCCCGUCUUUGGGAAGAUGUUCGAGCUGAGCUGCACCCUGCCCCUGGAGAAGGACUUGAAGAUCACACUCUAUGACUAUGACCUCCUGUCCAAGGAUGAGAAGAUUGGGGAGACCGUCAUAGACCUGGAGAACCGGUUCCUGUCGAAAUACGGGGCACGCUGUGGGCUCCCCCAAACCUACUGCAUCUCUGGACCCAACCAGUGGCGAGACCAACUCCGUCCUUCCCAGCUGCUUCACCUCUUCUCCCUGCAGCAGAACUACAAGGCUCCUACCUACAAGUCUGACAGGGUCAUCUUCAGGGAGCAAGAAUACAUCCUCUCUGAGCUGGAGGAUGGGAAACCCCUGAACCCCCACCUGGGGCCAGUGGAGGAGCGCCUCGCCCUGGCCGUGCUGAGGAAGCAGGGGCUGGUGCCCGAGCACGUGGAGACAAGACCUCUUUACAGCCCUCUCCAGCCAGAGAUUGAGCAGGGAAAGCUGCAGAUGUGGGUGGACCUGUUUCCAAAAUCUCUGGGGCAGCCCAGCCCCCCAUUCAACAUCACACCACGCAAAGCCAAGAGGUUCUACCUGCGCUGCAUCAUCUGGAACACGAAGGACGUCAUCCUUGAUGACCUCAGCAUCACUGGGGAGAAAAUGAGUGACAUCUACGUCAAAGGCUGGCUGCUUGGCCACGAGGAGAACAGGCAGAAGACAGAUGUGCACUACAGGUCUAUGGGAGGAGAGGGCAACUUCAACUGGAGGUUCAUCUUCCCCUUUGACUACCUGCCUGCUGAGCAAAUGUGUUACAUUGCAAAAAAGGAGCAUUUCUGGAGCUUGGACAAGACAGAAAACAAAAUUCCACCACAGCUUAUUUUCCAGAUCUGGGACAAUGACAAGUUCUCUUUCGAUGAUUAUUUGGGCUCCAUCCAGAUGGAUCUCAACAGGAUGCCCAAACCUGCCAAGACUGCUGAGAAGUGCUCCUUAGAGCUACUGGAUGAGACCUUGUCUUCAAGUCGCUUUGUGUCACUCUUUGAGCAGAAGACUGUCAAGGGCUGGUGGCCCUGUGUUGCUGAGCACGACCAGAAGAAGAUCCUGGCGGGCAAACUGGAAAUGACUUUGGAAAUUGUGGCUGAACAAGAGCACGAAGAGCGCCCGGCUGGCGUGGGUCGGGAUGAGCCAAAUAUGAACCCCAAGCUGGAGGACCCCAAGCGCCCAGAGACCUCCUUCCUGUGGUUCACCUCCCCGUACAAGACCCUGAAGUACAUCCUGUGGCGGCGGUACAAGUGGGUGCUGAUCCUGGCCAUCGUGCUCUUCAUCGUGCUGCUCUUCCUGGGGAUCUUCAUCUAUGCCUUCCCGAACUAUGCUGCUAUGAAACUGGUGAAACCUUUCAACUGAAGCUGUGCUGGGAGACACCUGAAGGUCCCGUGCCUGCCUGGGGGUUUUGGGAAGAAGCUGUGGCCCUGCACCGGAUCAUACCAGCAGAUGGAGGAGGAACAGUCUCUCUCAGGCCCUUGGCUGCUGCCAAGAAGAAUCAAAGAAUCAUUUUGGUUGGAAAAGACCUUUAGGAUCAUCAGGUUCAACCAUGAGAAGAUACAGUUUCCCUGAGGCAUCGUGCAGAAUCCCACCUACAGCACUCGCCUCGGAAGCAGCACGUAAAAAACACCUGUUCUGAAAUACUUCUUACUUUGCUUCUUUAUCUGUCUUCUUCUUCUUUUGUUGUUGUUGUUGUUAAGCUGCUCUGAUUUGUAAAGCUUGAAUAGCAGUGCAAAACUGAAGAGGGUAGGGGAGGAAAGGACCUUUUCGUGUACAGCCUGUUAUGCUCAUGUGAGCAUACAGAGAUGCUGCAGAACUUAGAGGAGGAGGGCUGGGCUGCUGGUGCAGGCAGCCAAAACCUCUCAUGUUCUCAGCACACUUUUCUUUGCACUCUGAACAAGCCUCAGUUUUCCUGCAAUGUGGAUUAUCUGGUGUAUAUGUGCCUGCUGAAGACAAAAGCUGCAGCACAGCCUGAAGCCCUGGGCUAAUCCACUGCUGUUCCAAAGCAAGCAAAAACCAUGACCGAGAGGCAAAAACUGGGCAGGGGGGUCAGUGGAAUUGCUAAACCAAAACUCCUAUUGCAUGUUGCACUCAUGAAGGAUGGCACAUCCUGGCUCAUGUUUUUUGGAGCUUGUUUUCCCUCUGAGCUGCUCUGUCACCUCUACAGUCCUUCGUGCCUCCCUUCUCAAGCAGCGCGGUUGUGUCGGAGGCAGCGGGGCCGGGCUGAGCCCUUCCCAGGAGAGCAGAGCAGGGCACGGGCACUUUGCUUCUCUCCUCUCCUGCUUUAGGCACCCCCUGCAGCCACAGGUCCAUGCUUAAGCAGGACAGUGUGAACCAGAGUGCAAGGUGAGCUGUGGAGCUCACUGCUGUGGGGCAGAGAACCUGCACUUCUGGGGGUGGGUUUGGUGCCCUUCUGCUUUGCAGACAAGCUGCUGUGAGACACAUCCUGCAGGUCUUGCUCAGCUGGGCUCACAGAAUCAUAGAGACUGGUUUGGGUUGGAAGGGAUCUUAACAAUCAUCAAGCUCCAACCCUCCUGCCAGGGGCAGGGACACCUCCCACUAGACCAGGUUGCUCCAAGGCCCAUAGAUGGGGCUGUGGGGACAUUCCUGCUGUUUUCUGUUCCCUCCUCCCAUCCAUCUGUCUCUCUGCUGCUGCAAUCAGACAGAGCAGUAUCAUCUGAGGGAUUUCUAGCAUUUUGUAGUUCUGGCUCAUGUCAUGUGAGGGUGCUCAUCAGAACAGCAUUAGUCUCCAAUUUCCAUCCUGUAUCCAGUCAUCCUGCAAAGGAACCAUCUCCCAGAACAGGGACAUCAAGCAUGAAAGCAAAUGUCCCUUUGAGAAACAGCUGUUCUGCUGCUCCAGCACUGCAUGGCUUUACUGUGGUCCCUCUGAUGAGAAAUAGAUCCUUCCCCACUGCCCUUCAGCAGGAUAAGACAUUUCUUCCUUGGUCUUGUUUAUCUCCCAGAGCUGUUGCUGCUCAGCAUGACAUGUGAGAACAAGUAGCAGUAAAAAGUGAUCCUGGGGGAUCAGAGUUUCUCAGGACAAACUGUGCUAAUGUGAGCUCCUGCUCUGCUCCAGCAAGGCACUCAAGUCUGUGCUUAGCAGAAGGCAGGGCAAAAAAAACCAAAACAACAACCCAGGCCUAAUUGCUUUGCUGGCUUGGGAUGUGAUGUGCUGAGCAUUAAAUCCCUUGUUGCUCAGUACUGUGAGAGCACCCAGACUGCACAGGGCAGCUCGUGUGUGGAGAUGAUGUCUUUGGCAUAGAGAACAUGCAGCUAUAAAGCCCUGUCCUUGCUGCUGAGGUUUGGCUGAUCCAACAUCCCCUUCCCAAAAGCUUGAGCAGUCAGGUUGGCUCUGGCCUUGCACACCCCAGGGUGGGUAUUUCAUUUUACUGGCAUUUGUUCAGUUUUUCCCUCCCAACCUCAUUUGCAUUUGUUGGCCACUAUCAGACUACCAGGUCUGAGUCAGGUUUUCCAUAAUGCUUUCCCCCUGAGGACCUGAUGAGCUGAGGACAAAAGCUGCUUCUGCUUGCACCUUCAUGAGUUUUGGGCUUUGUAUUUUAGGCAAGUGUUGGUCCUUGUAGCUCUUCCACCAUGUCCCCCUCUGCCAGGGCUGGAUCCGUGUCUCCUGCUGAGCACUGGCACGCCUUGCUCCCCUGUCCAUGGUGGGAAAUCCAGCCCAUUAUUUCACUUCCUUGCUUUGCUUUGCAGAGACUGGUCCCAUCCUGGUCUUACUGUUCUGUCACCCCUGCCUAUGUCAGAAACUAAAUCUUGGUGCCAAGAGCCCUGAAGAGACGAGUGCUUCAUUCUUCAAUGCAGAACACUGCUUGUAUCUGGGUGCUCCUCACCCAUUUUAUCACAACAACCACUGUCUAUCCCAGCAGAGACCAGCAAACCUAUCAAAACACACUCUUGUGUUACCUCUCCAGAGCCUCUACUGGUAAGAAAUGAUAUUCUAUGCCCCAGCACUUGCCAGCAGCUCUUCCCUGACCAACCAGGUGAGUCAUCAGAGAUUUGAGAGCAAGAUCCAGGGCAUCCAAUGGCACAAGGAAAAGGAGAGAGUUCUAUUGCUUCAUGCAAUCCUCCCUGCUCCCAGCCCAGGCUGUGGGGACAGUUCUCAUGCCAAGAAGACCCCCUGGGACUGGGGUGGGUACAAGCAGCUCUGAGCAUCUGCACACACCAACUCAGGCCCAUGUGCAUUGCUCUUUGAACAGCCACAUCCAUCUGUUGGCCUGACUGUGGGCUCUCCAGAGCUCAGUUCUGUCUCUCCACCAAAGCCAGCCAGGAGGUAGAACUUAGAUAUAGCAUUAUCCCUUUUGGCUCCCUGGCUCUCAGGGGUUUGAGAUGCUUGGAAGAUGUGUGUAUCACCUGUCUAUGCCUUACCUGCAAUUCUGCAACAUGCACUGUGGUUACAAAUGAAAAGCUCUGAAAA